AGGCCAUCCUGUCAUGCCCACCUCGUCCCUGCGUUACACACACACACAUAUAUAUAUAUAUAUAUGUAUAUACUACAGACAAUUUUCCUUGAAUUGGGUCGACUGAAGACACAAAGGGGUAGCCAUGGAAGGCUCAUCAUCAUCAAAGAGGUCCUCAACUUCCAGGAAAGUUAAGGUGACUGAGGUGCAAGACGAUGAGAUUGAACCACUAUCGGGGAAGCCAUGGUUCCCUGUCAUCCUUACCCGAUCCCACAUCAAGCCAGAAUAUAAUAUGUAUAUGCCGAACAGGAUGAGUGACAUUCUUCCUUCCAAGGAUAUUCCUACGGUUCUCAUGUACAGUGGCAAGGAAUGGAAGAUGGUGUACUAUGGUGAUCCGAAGAAGGUGAAAAGGUUCAAUUCCGAAUGGAAGCAUUUCGUGGACGACAACGAUCUCAAGGCCGAAGAUGUGUGUGUUUUUGAGCUGAUGGUGUGCACGGCAAGGCAAGUGAAGUUCAAAGUACAGAUUCUCAGAGAUGACAUUCCUCCGGCUUUGCAGGCAAGACUGUACGGUGACAAGGCCUGAUCUUCCUACCGCCGUUGCCUAGAAAAAUUCAUCAAGUAUUUGCUGCUCCGCAUUUUUGGUUUUAUCCAUGUCAUGUUGAUCAGUUGUUCGAAUGUUUAGUGGAGGGCGUGUUGUGUUGCUGCCUAAACUAUCUGUCAUGGCUCUUCUUGGUUAUGUUACUUUUAUACGUGUUCCUGGGAACUGCCCCCCAGUGACUUCUCACGAUGUCACGCAUAUGCAAGGGUAUAACCCCCUAUCGAAGUGAAUCGUUUCGUGCAUAUUCUGCAGACUUAUAGAUU